UGGUAGAUGAAAAGUCAAGCAAACACAAGCACACUAGCACCACUGGGAGAUCAGAACUUCUAACUGGCUCUCUGCUGCCACAGCUCCACCGAAGGGUGGGGGAGGAAGAAGAGGGAGCCUUGCCGGGGACUAACCCAGAGCUGAGAGCAGAGGCAGGUGUAUGCAGGCAAAUCACCCGGAUCAUGAGGCCAUCCCUCUUCUUGAUCCUCCCACUUCUCCUCAUCUUGGCCUCAGUGACCCAAGGCCAGCCAACAAGACGACCAAGACCCAGGCCCAGGCCCAGGCCUAGGCCCAGGCCCACUCCCAGCUUUCCUCAGUCCCGUGAGCCAUCAGAGCCUACAGACCUGCCUCCGCCCCUCCCACCAGGCCCUCCAUCUAUCUUUCCUGACUGUCCCCGGGAAUGCUACUGCCCCCAUGAUUUCCCAUCUGCCCUCUACUGUGAUAGCCGCAACCUUAGAAAGGUCCCCAUCAUCCCAUCCCGAAUCCAUUACCUCUAUCUCCAAAACAACUUCAUAACUGAGCUCCCAGUGGAGUCCUUCAAGAAUGCCUCAGGCCUGAGAUGGGUCAACCUGGACAACAACCGAAUUCGAAAAGUAGACCAGAAGGUGCUGGAGCAACUGCCCAGCCUGGCAUUCCUCUACAUGGAAAAGAACCAGCUGGAAGAGGUGCCCUCUGCCCUGCCCCCAAACUUGGAGCAGCUGAGGCUGAGCCAGAACAAGAUCUCCAAGAUCCCUCCUGGCGUCUUCAGCAAGCUGGAGCACCUACUACUCCUGGAUCUCCAACAGAAUAGGCUGAAUGACGAAGUCCUCAAGCCGGACACCUUCAAGGGUCUCAAGAGCCUCAUGCAGCUCAACCUGGCCCACAACACCCUGAGAAAGAUGCCACCCAAGGUCCCCCCAGCCAUUCACCAGCUCUACCUGGACAGCAACAGAAUAGAGUCCAUCCCUAAUGGAUACUUCAAGUCCUUUCCCAACCUGGCCUUCAUUCGCCUUAACUAUAACAAGCUGUCCGACAGGGGGCUCCCCAAGAACUCCUUUAACAUCUCCAACCUGCUCGUGCUCCACCUGUCACACAACAAGAUCAGCAAUGUGCCUGCCAUUAGCAACAAGCUGGAGCACCUAUACCUCAACAACAACAGCAUUGAGAAGAUCAAUGGGACCCAGAUUUGCCCCAACAACCUGGUCACCUUCCAUGACUUCUCCUCGGAUCUGGAGAACGUGCCACAUCUCCGCUACCUGAGGCUGGAUGGAAACUACCUGAAGCCACCCAUCCCGCUGGACCUCAUGAUGUGCUUCCGCCUGCUGCAGUCCGUGGUCAUCUAGGUCUUACUCUGCCCUGGGUCUCCUCUGAUCACAGUUGAAUGCUGGUGGCCCGGGCACCUGAGCUCCUCAUUUGUUUUCUCUAUCUCCCUGUCUUUCUCCCAGCUUUGCCUUUCUUAUCCCACCUUGCUGAAGCAGGACAAGCCACACAUUGCUGCACCUGCAGUUUCUAGGGUGAGACUUCCCAGGCCUUGGUUGGGUCCACCCAGCCCAAAGACACCCACUGUGUACCCAAACUUCUGGCCCCAGAAGCACAGACGUCUGUCUAAAGAAUUCAUAGUCCCUUCUCUCCCCGCCUUCCCCCAUCACUCCUGAUUGAGUCUGGACCUGGACUGACAUCUGGACCUCAGUCCUGGUAAACAAGAAAAUGACCAGGGGUGUCCCAGAGGUGAGGCUCACAAAGUCCUGCACAAGACUCCUCCUUCGUGGGCAGCUCUGACCUCACAGGGCCAAAACACUCAGGCUUUGUUGGCUGAGGAUGAUCCGUCUUGCAAAACUGCUGCUCCACCACCUGUUUGCUGACACCAGACAUCACACUGGCUCUCUGCCAGCCUGUGUUCUCAAAAA